AUGGCAGGGUUUUGCGAAAUGCCGGAAGCAAUGGCGCUGCAGAUCUUGUCAUGGUUGCCUCCGAAAUCUCUGAUGCGAUUCAGAUGCGUCCGCAAGUCGUGGUACAAGUUCAUCAACAACCCUAGCUUUGUGGACGUGCACCUCUCCAAAUCCAUCGACAACAGUUUCCAAUCCUCCACAUGCAUCCUUUUCAAGCGUUACGUCCUCAACGAUACAGACAAUGGCUCGACGAAAAUUUUGCUGUCACUUAUAGAUCUUUGCAACGACAACAACAGUGAUGUCUAUUACCUUCAAGAUCUCAACCUCAAAGUUCCAAUUUCUCUAGGGCUAAGGCAUGAGUUUUUAGACAUCGCAGGCCACUGUCACGGAAUUAUUUGCUUAACUGAUUACUCCGAGAAUGUUUUUCUAUGCAAUCCGGCUCUGAAGGAAUCGAAGCUUCUUCCCAAGUCGUGCCUUCGUCUACCUCCCCCGAAAGAAAUAAACAUAUUGCAGUCAACAGGAAUCGCAGUGGGAUUUGGCUACGAUCGCAAAGCGAAAGAUUACAAAGUCGUUAGAAUCGCAAUGCAUUUCGAGGGUUUUUGGAUUUUGUUUCACCCUCACAUGGCAGAAGUAUACACCAUGAGUUCUAACUCUUGGAGAGAGAUCAAAGUUGAUAUACCUAGCAGUGUGGUUUGGUCUCCUUCUUCCCAAAUGUACUUCAAGGGUUUUUACUAUUGGUUUGCCAUAGAGCUGGACAAGCAAACCCUAGACGAAAACAAGAAGGUCAUCCUUUCCUUCGACAUGGAUGACGAAUUAUUUUGUGAUAUACCCGUGCCGGAAAGUUUACAGGAUACAAAAGAAUGUUACGGAAGCCUUGCAGUGUGGAAUGGAUCUGUCGCUCUUUUUUCUUUUCACAUAGAAAGCGGGAUUCGUAAAUCGAUUGGUAUAUGGGAAAUGAAUGAUUUGGAGGGUUCUUGGACGAAACACUUAACCAUCGUACCGAUUGCAGGAUUUGGAAUGCCAUUGACGUUUUGGAACAGUGACGAACUUCUUGUGGUUGCCGCAGAUGGACGUGUAGUUUCCCACAAUUUCCAUACCAAGAUGCUUAAAGAGCUUCCUGUUAGUGGUGUGUUUUUAGAACGUUUCCAAGCGUUUGUGUAUGUGCAUAGUCUCGUUUCAGUUAAAUGA